GGCGCGGUGUACCUGUGGCGGCAGCUGUGGUCUGGAGACAGAUUCGUGUCCCCCGCCCUGCUCGCCCUUCUCUGAGGGAUGGGACCUAGGCACUGCCCCUCCCCGUGCCCUCAUCACUCAAAGGGAGUGGGAGUGAGUGGGAGGAAGUAACAGGAAGACCAUCUGACGUCAGGUAAGAACCCGCAGCACGAGUCACUGAAGGAGAGAAAUUGGACGUUCCUGUUGGCUCCAUAAGUACCUAUGGAUUAUGGCAGGGAAAGUGAAAUGGGUCACUGAUAUCGAGAAGUCGGUGCUGAUAAAUAACUUUGAAAAGAGAGGAUGGGUCCAAGUGACAGAAAACGAGGAUUGGAACUUCUACUGGAUGAGUGUGCAAACCAUCCGAAACGUUUUUAGUGUCGAAGCUGGCUAUCGGCUCUCAGACGAUCAAAUAGUCAACCAUUUUCCGAACCACUAUGAACUGACCCGGAAGGAUCUGAUGGUGAAGAAUAUUAAAAGAUACAGGAAGGAGCUGGAGAAAGAAGGGAGUCCUCUGGCAGAAAAAGAUGAAAACGGGAAAUACCUCUACCUGGACUUUGUUCCGGUCACCUACAUGCUGCCCGCGGACUACAACCUGUUCGUGGAGGAGUUCAGGAAAAGCCCCUCCAGCACCUGGAUCAUGAAACCUUGUGGCAAAGCCCAGGGAAAGGGCAUCUUUUUGAUCAACAAGCUCUCGCAGAUCAAAAAGUGGUCCCGGGACAGCAAAACAUCUUCGUUUGUGACCCAGUCCACCAAGGAGGCCUACGUGAUCUCCCUGUACAUUAACAACCCGCUGCUGAUCGGCGGGAGGAAGUUUGACCUGCGCUUGUACGUGCUGGUGUCUACGUACCGCCCACUGCGCUGUUACAUGUAUAAACUUGGAUUCUGCCGCUUCUGCACGGUGAAGUACACCCCAAGCACCAGCGAGCUGGACAACAUGUUUGUUCAUCUCACCAACGUCGCCAUCCAGAAGCACGGGGAGGACUACAACCACAUCCACGGGGGCAAGUGGACGGUGAACAACCUGCGGCUGUACCUGGAGAGCACCCGAGGCAAGGAGGUGACCGGCAAGCUGUUCGACGAGAUCCACUGGAUCAUCGUGCAGUCGCUGAAGGCCGUGGCGCCGGUGAUGAACAACGACAAACACUGCUUCGAGUGCUAUGGCUAUGACAUCAUCAUCGACGACAAGCUGAAGCCCUGGCUGAUUGAGGUGAACGCGUCCCCGUCUCUCACCUCCAGCACCGCCAACGACCGAAUCCUUAAGUAUAACCUGAUCAAUGACACCCUCAAUAUCGCAGUCCCUAAUGGCGAGAUUCCAGACUGUAAAUGGAACAAAUCACCCCCGAAGGAAGUUCUUGGCAAUUACGAAAUUCUAUCAUGCACUUUCCUACACGGGCCUGGUGCGCGAAUGUUAAUGGAGAGGGGCAGCUAUGAUGAGGAGCUGGCGCAGGGCGACGGGGCUGACCGGGAGCUGAGAAGUCGCCAGGGCCAGUCGCUGGGGCCCAGAGGGGGCCGAUCGAGAGACUCGGGGAGAACCAUCCUCACAACCUGGAAGUGACCACCAGGAGGCGCAGAAGACCGCAGCCCGACCCUCCCAAAUGCUCCCCGCACCUGGGCCUAUUUUGAAAUUCCUUUUUUCUAGAGCUUUUUUCCUUUCGUAAGCCCUGUAAAUAAAUAAAGGCACUUCUUUGAAAGGUUAA